UUGGUCAAUUAUGUACUAUUUUCCAAUAUGAAAUUAAGUCCAGUUAUUUAAUUCUUAUAGAUUUUAGUGUUAUCCGUAAUUGAUAGGUGUACAUACUGUUGUGUGUUGUGUAUCUAAUAAAAAACAAGGUGUUACAUUGUCACUUUAAGACUUUUUUUAUUUUGGAGUCAUGUCUUGUAGACUUGUUUUAGAUAACCCAGGGAUAUAUAAACCAGGAGAUCCAAUUACGGGAAGAAUAAUAUUAGAAUUUUCAUCAAGGACGAAUUUUAGAAGUAUAAUUUGUAAAUUAAGAGGUAGGGAACACACUUCCUGGACUGAAACUGAAAGUUACUAUGACAGUACAUCUAAAACCACAAAAACCAGGACUGUUCAUUACUCUGGAGACAAUAAGUUCAUCUACAUCAAUCUUCCUCUUAUGCAUGAAAAUGCAUUGGCAGCUGGACGAUAUGAAUAUUCUUUUUCAUUUCAACUUCCAAGAGCAAUUCCUAAUCCAUAUGAAGGCAGUUAUGGAUAUAUUCGAUAUUAUUUGAAGGCAACCGUUGACAGAUCUUUUGCUUUUGAUUAUGAAGAUGAACUAUCACUACACGUAGUUUCGCCUAUAGAUUUUAAUGAAAUUAUACAAGAGCUACAAUUGAAUCCUGUGUCAUAUCAAGACGAAAAAACAAUAUGUUGCUGUUGUUGUGCUAGCGGUCCAAUUACUAUGGAUGUAGUAUUAGAAAAAGAAGCCUUUGUUGUUGGAGAGGUUGCUAAAAUAAAAGUAGAUAUUACAAACAUGUCAAAUGAGAGUACCGUAGAAUUAACGUUAUCUUUAAAACUGACCGUCGAAUCUAAAACAACAUCACCAAGUAAGCAUUACAAGUAUGAUAAAGAAUAUAUACAACGCGUGACAGAUUCAGGUGUUGGAGCCCACGGACAGCGAAUAUAUAAAAUUAAUUUUCCAAUACCUAGAUCAGCAGUGGUACCUAAUUUUAUUAAUUGUACUUUAUUUAAGCAGUGGAGUGUUCUUAAGGUUACAGCAGUUGUUCCAGGUUGCCACACCAAUCUAGAGGUUGAAACUGGAAUUAAACUGGGCCAUAUUCCUCUGCCAGAACGUCCUGGACCACCACCUGUUGCCCCUGUUAUUACAUCUCCAGCAGAUCAGCCAAUGUUUAACACAAAUAUAACCCCACCACCUUACCCGACAGAUGGUGAGAGAGCACCGCCCUAUCCAACAGGAGCUCCCCAAUUUCCAACCCCAAAUGGAACCGAUUUUCCUACCAUUGGAAUGCCAGUGCCGGUUCACAGAGGUAUUCCAUCAAGUUCAGCAACCGCCCCCUUGGAAGAGGGAGCUGCCUCGGCCCCACCUAAAGCUAAAUUAGCAACUGAUGAUGAUUUUGAAAUGUUGGAUGGGGUUUCAAACGAACCGCCACCUCCGUCUUAUUCGGACUCGAUGAGACAAGAAUUUUCUGGCAGAGCAGAAAUGCCUUCAGCGCCUCCAAAAUAAAUGUAGUCAAUGUAGUCACAUUUGCUGCCUAUCGAAGAUGAUGGAACUUAGCUAGAAGCCAUUUUGUCGAACCGCACCUGACUGAAGUAAUCAUUAUCACUCGCUGGCGCGUAAACGGCACUUGACUGAAGUAACUAUAUCACGCACUGGCGCGUGAUCGGCAGCGAAUGGGUUAAACAAAGUUUAGCGUUGAAUCCUUAGUUGAAAUGCUUGAAAAUAAUUUGUUUUUUAAUUGUCUCUGUUGAAAUCUUACAUUGAAAUAAUCGAAAUACAUAUAAGAUAUGUAUACUUCUUCUUAGAUUUGAGGGAGUUACGUCGUAUACCCAGAUGCUUCUAGACUACAAAGCUUUUAUAUAAAAAGCUAUUUAAAUUUGACACUUACCAUUCACGUAAAUUUUGUGUUUAAAUUACAAUUCUUCGUUAGUUAUUAUUAUGGAAAAAUAAGUAGUUUCAGUGUUCCAAUAUAAAAAUUUGACUGAAAGAAACAAAAAAAAUUCUUUUUAAUUGCUAAAUCUCAAUUUGUCAAUUGUCAAUAGUAUAAAUUAUCGCAGCUAUCAGGUACUAUAUCACAUCCGUCACAACCAGUGGUAUCUGUAUCAUCAGGCAGCAUAGUCACCGUUCCCCACACAAACUGACUUGAAAAAAUCAUGAACUACAACUACAUACUUCUAGCUUGUUUCUAACUCUCUACCAUUUUGGAAAAAUAUGUAGUUUCAGUGUUCCAAUACAAAAAUUUGACUGAAAGAAACAAAAAAAAAAUUCUUUUUAAUUGCUAAAUCUCAAUUUCAAAUUGUCGAUAGUAUAAAUUAUCGCAGCCAUCAGGUACUAUAUCACAUCCGUCACAACCAGUGGUAUCUGUACCAACAGGCAGCAUAGUCACCGUUCCCCACACAAACUGACUUGAAAAAAGCAUGAACUACAACUACUUCUAGCUUGUUUUUAAGUCUCUACCAUUUUCUUAAUCAUAUCAAAUAAUUAAACUGAUCCUCAAAUAUUUUGUAAUACUACGUACCACUAUUUUUUAUCUGUCAGAUUUAAUUUUAGCGCCCAGAAAGUUUUACAGCACCCAUCUGCAACUGUAAGUAGAUUAAUGUUUUCGGAUACAACAAUAACAAUCGGUUAGGAUUGUGUAGCGCAAUUUUUCAACGAAAAACCUAUCAAAAUGUAACUUUUUGAGUUGUUAGUUUUGAGGCGAUAGCAAAAGAAUGUUAAGUAACAAUGAAGGGUGUCAGCAAUAUUUUUAAAAUCGAUUUUGCAGGUGUUGUUCUUAAGAACAAAUUUCCUUCUUCCUUUGAUACCUCUAGGGAAGGUUGUCACUCCAUCCUCUGCGCGGUCGGCCGAUACUUCUACCGAUUGGUGAUUUAUCUCUUGCUAUUUUGACCACACGGGAUUCCCCCAUUCUGCUUAUGUGCUUAUUCCAUUCUUUUUUAUUUAGUGUCCAUUCGUUUAUACACUGUACGUUACAUUUUAUUCUAAUUUUUUCACUUCUCUUUCGAUCUCUCAGCGUAUUCUUCUUAAUACUCUCAUCUCUGCAAUUUUCAGAGUCUUUAUGUUUUGACUGUGUCGGGUCUUGGUUCUGAUGUAUAUGUCAUUAUUAGUCUUACACUGGCUUUAUAAAUUCUUGACUUCAUCUCAAUGUGUCGGUUUCGCCAUAUAGUGUUAUUAAAGCAUCCUCUCAGUCCAUUUGCUUUUUGUACUUGAUUUCUCACUUAUUUGUCCAGGUCUGCAUAGCUGGACAGUAUAAUUCCAAGGUAUUUUAUUUCCAAUACUUGUUCAAACUGGUAUCGUCAAUACCUAUUUUUCGUCUGAUUAGUUCUUUGCUGAUUACUAUUGUUUUAGCUUUCUGUAAUGUUAAAUUAUUUUGCUCGUAUUUUAAAUCUGUGGAUCAAUAUUUUCUGACUAUAUUCUUUGUUUCCCAUUCUGUAUCCUCCUCCUUUGUUGACGCUUUUGAUGAUUUCAUCCAUGAAAAAAUAAAACAAUAGAGCUCAAUGAGUUCUCCUGCUGUGUUCCGCUGGCUAUGUCAAUAGGUUCCGUAAGUUGUCCAUCUAUUCUGACUUCUAUUUUGUAGUUUUGGUAGAUGUUUUCAAUAAUUUUUAUGAUAUUUAGGAGAACUUCUUUAUUAUAUAAUAAACAUAUAGAAGAUGGAUUACAUCUGUGUGUCUUACUCUGUCAAACGCUUUCUUCAUGUCAAUCACACAUAGAAAUGCUCGUCUAUUAUACUCUAAACUCUAGGGAUUUCUCAGUAAUUUGCUUCAUGACGAAUAUUGCUUUUAAAUAAUUGAUGGAUUCGACGGUUACUUGUUGGAAGUUCAUUUUGUCUAACAAUAAAACGCUGAAAACCUUUGUUUUCUAUACUUCCACAAAAUUUAUUACAACUAUGUGACUACAGCUGUUUCGGCAGAGUGCCUUUCUCACUUCAUAGUAAUAUUGAGUUUACAAUAGAAACAGAACAGAAUAAGUCCAUAAACUUUCUAGAUGUAACAAUUACCAGACUACACAACAAACAUGAGUUCGCCGUAUACCAUAAACCUACCCAUACUGAUACAACUAUACACAAUUCAUCAUCUCAUCCUACAUAAUACAAAUUAGCAGCCUACCAUAGCAUGAUACAUAGACUGACAGAAAUUCCCAUGUCAAAAAAUAACUUCGAGAUAGAACUGAACAUCAUUAAACAAAUAGCAGUAAACAGUGGCUAUAAGGAACAAACAAUUAACAAAAUCUUAAACCAAAAACUCCAUAAGAAAGCCCUGAAAUUAGUCUAUCCACCACCACAGAAAGAACCCAGUACCUUCUGCUCUAUCACAUACACUGGCAAGAUAACAACAAAAAUAGCCAGAUACAUAAAAAAGAGAGGAGUAACACCAGCUUUCAGAACUAACAACAACUUAAGCAAAUAUAUUAAGAACAAUAAGAGCCGAAAGAGAAAACAACUACAGAGUGGUAUUUACAAACUAACUUGUGGUGACUGUCCGAAAACUUACAUCGGUCAAACUGGCAGAACCUUUGACAAACGGAUAGCAGAACACAAAAGGGCUUUCAACAAUAGAAAAACAGACAUUUCUACAUACGCACUUCACCUUCUAGAUUCUAGAUAAUAAUCAUUCUUUUAAUGAACAAUUUCAAAUUCCGCAUAUUCAGAAUAAAGGCCUUAAGCUAUCUUUAUUAGAAUCUACGGAAAUUAAUAAAUUGAAAAAUAAAGAUAUAAUUCUGAAUGACCAACUUGAGACAAACAGCUCCCCACUCCUCAACCCCUUCAGUUAAAAACUUAAAAAGGCAAACACAUAGUAAACUAAAUCACUUGAGAAAGGCAAUCUACCGAAACUGCUGUAGUCACAUAGUUUUAAUAAAUUUUGUGGAAGUAUACAAAACAAAAGUUUUCAGUGUUUUAUUGUUAGAAUAUUGCUUUUAUACACGAUCUUCCAGUGCGAAAAACCUUUUCAUCUGCUAAAAUUAUCCUCUAAUUCAUUAGUUCUUGUAUAAUUUUAGUUAUAAGCUUUAGGGUAGUAUUUAAGAAUUUUAUAUUCUGUACUUUUCUAGCUGCUUUUUAUCUCAUUUUUUAAAUAGUAUAAUUAGUUCGCUCAUUCUCUAUUCUUUCGGUAUUUCGUUGUGUUUUAUAAAUUUGUUAAUUAAUGUUGGGCAUUAUUUUUUCAUUGCUACUCCACAAUAUUUUAGUAAUUUGUUUUAAAUUUCGUCUUUACCUAUAGCUUUUCUGUUCUUCAGCUUUUGAAGUGUUUUUCGAACUUCCUGUGUACUUAUAUUAAUUCUUCAUUUGCGAUAAUUUCUGAUGUUUCCGGUUCUAGCAUCUCAUAUAUCUUUUUUUAUUUAUUUUUUUUUUUUUGGUUGUAUUAGUUCCUUUACCACUGUUCUUGGAGCUCUUAUAAAGCGCCAUAGUUUAUUUUACAGAAUGUAGAACAAAUUACAAAUGAAUCAAUUGGGCAGGCCUUUGCCCGAGUAGUGGAACGGAAGGAAAAAAAGAUAACUAUUACCGUUUAUUUUACUCAGUAUACGGAAAAAAUAAUUGGACAUAUGGAUAUGAUAUGACAAAGAUAUUGUGCGUUUUUCCUUGUUUAUUAGUUUACUAAUAAACAAUGACGCCGAAUUGUAUAAUCUCUUACAUGUAAAGGGUAAGAAACAAAGAUGUACACGAUCUCCCUUAAAAGAUAUUAAAUGAACCUUCCCGAUGAUACAUUAAUUAACAAGAUUAAGUUCUACUUACAAAGUAUGGUUGAGUAUAAUUAAUAUUUAAAAAAAAUCAUCACAUUUAAGAUGUCUGACUCGCAUGCUGGUAGGACGGGGUUCGAAACCCAGCGCCGGCGAGAACAGCUAGACAUUUUAAAAAAAUGUCUAUAGGCACCAGGUCGACUCAGCCUGAAUAAAAUGAGUACCUUGGGUAAAACCAAGGGUUUUAUAUAAUAAUAAUAUUGUAUAAUAAUAAGAGGCGGUUGAAGCGUUGCAAUGGCCCUGUUAAUACCUUCCUUUUACACCGUAGGCCCUAGAUAUAGCAGACUAUCCUGCUGUAAUCCCAAAAGCCGCGUCAGAAGUAUGGAACGGAAGACUAUUAUUAUCAUCGCAUUUUGAAAUGAUGAUCAGGUGUGUCAAAUUAUGCGAUGUACAAAAAGUAUUUAACAUAAUAUUAUGUGAGUUUGUAGAGAAGAAAUGUGGCACGAGAUUAUUAAGUAAAAUAUACUGGUACUCUGGUUCUGGUAGUACAUCAGAAUGUUUAUGUAAAAUGAGUAUUACCCAUAAAAAAUAGUAAUAUGCGUCAUAAACAAAAAUAGGUGUUCAGAACUUUUCACUAUCAAAGGAGUGAGAUAAAGGGAAGGUCUAAGUCCUUUGCUGUUCAUAAAACUGAUGGAUGGCAUAAUCAAUAAAGUCUUAACAACGAGCAAAUCAUUAAGUUGACAAUAUAUAUUUCUGGUAAUUUUUGGUCGAAAUAUCCUGAUCCUGAAUCGCGAAUAAGGAACCUUCUGUUUCAAAGAAUCUGUCGACAUCUUUCCUGAUGUCGACGCCAUAUUGUCGACAUAAUAUUGGCUGACUUCAUUGGGAUGUCACUCAAGUGAGAAUUUUUUCCUCCUUAAACUUAAUACUGUUACGGUUUUCAUUUGCUUAUGGUCAGUUUUUCGCGAUUGCUUUACUCCGAGAUAUUUAUACAUAUCAGUUUCGCCCGUUCUUCCAUGUUUUGGCCAUUUUGCUUAUCGAAUCGGAAGAUUAUGAAUACUAGAAUAUUAUUUAUAGUACAUACCUUUAAAGAUUCUAGUUAAAUAAUGUAUGUCUAACUGUUUGUUUCGAUAAUAAUAUUGUCUAUUAGACUAACGAUUUACUUUAUACAGUUUGUAACGACAUUUAGAUUUCGCUUUUAAAAAAUGUAAUGUAGUUUUAUUUUACACACUAAAUAACUUGUUACACUAAAUAUUUAUUACCUACUGCAUAAAAUGUUGUUAGUAGGAGUGAGUAGUUAUUAAAUAUUCAGAUCAUUACUAGAAAUAUUCAGAUAUUAAAGAUCAUUACUACCUACUACCUCAAUUGUGAUAUUUUUAUUUUUAUACAGUGAUGAGCGCGCUAAUAACCGGCAAAAUAACGCAAAAGAUGGACAACGUAAUGCGUUGUGAACUAAAUCGAGAUGAAAAUAAUAGUGGUGGGAAAUUAUCGGUAUUAACCUAUAAAACAUUGCCACUUACAAUAGUUUCCCAUCUUUAGACGUUAGCUAAGAGCUAGUUGACUUUAGUCAUACUUAUGACGAUAACGUGACGUUAACAUUUUUUUAAUUUAUAAAUAAUUUUGACGGAGGUGUUAGAACGAAUAUAAUGAGUGAGUUUGGAAGCAAAGCUAUCCAAAAAUAAAUCAAAAACAAAGAUUAUGAUUAAUGAGUUAAUAAUUUGAUAAAAAAGAUCUAGAUAAGACAAUAAUUUGAAUUAAAUCUUUUAAAUAUUUUUAUUUAAAAACUAAUUUAAAAAUUAAACUGGACUUUUUUCCCAUUCCCUCGGGCAAAAAAUAUUUAGCUACUACCUUGUCAUAUUUCGACGUUUAUUUGUCAGUUGAGACGAAAAAAAAACUAACGUCUAAAGGUGGGAAACUAUUGUAAAUGGUCAUGUUUUAUAGGUUUAUACCGAUAAUUUCAACCUCUACUAGUUUCAUCUCUUUUUAAUUUCACAACGCAUAUGUUAUCCAUUUUUGUGUUGUGUUGCCUGUUAUUAGCGAGCUCAUCAACAACUAAUAGUUGACUGAUUUUAGAAACAUGUACGUCAGACUUAAUAAGAACUAUUAAUAUAUUGUAAUUAUUCUUGGUAUCCAGGUUUCACCCAUUUCAUCCUAUUCUAUUAUACCAUAGUAAUUGUUUAUACAGAGUGAGUCUGUAAUUUGGAAUAAAUUCAAUAUCUCAAAUACUAAUUGUUUUUUUGAAAAUUGCUCAGACCCGUCGAUUAGUAUUUCAAAUUGUCCUUUUUGACAUACAAUAAUAAUGUAUACAGGGUGUCCCGAUGACGUCAUCGUUGAUUAUGACAACACUGUUAUUUUGAUAGCUUUUUUGAUAGGGUGUGUAAAGUUAUAUAUAACUGCAUAAUAUCAAAUUUUUAUUCUCUACCAUUUAAAAGAUAAUAAAAAAUAAAUUUGUGUCUGUAAUUUGAAAUAAAUUUAAUAAUUCAAAUACUAAUUGUUUUUUUGAAAAAUGCUCAGAACCGUCGAUUAGUAUUUCAAAUUGUCAUUUUUGACAUACAAUAAUAAUGUAUACAGGGUGUCCCAAUUUAGAGGUAUGACGCCAUCGUUGAUUUUCUUAAAUGGCAACACUGUCAUUUUGAUAGCUAUUUUGAUAGGGUGUGUAAAGUUAUACAUAUCUGCAAAAUUUCAAAUUUUUAUUCCCGACCAUUUACAAGAUAAUAAAAAAUAACAAAGAUAUGAAAAACAAGUAAUCAAAUAAUAAUUGAAUUUAAUUAUUUCAAUUGAGCAAAUGCUCAUAAUGUUGCCCAUUGACUAUUUGACAAUAAUUGAGGGCAACAUUAUGAGGAUUUGCUUAAUUGAAAUAAUUAAAUUCAAUUAUUAUUUGAUUACUUGUUUUUCAUAACUUUGUUAUUUUUUAUUAUCUUGUAAAUCGUAGGGAAUAAAAAUUUGAAAUUUUGCAGUUAUGUAUAACUUUACACACCCUAUCAAAAUAGCUAUCAAAAUGACAGUGUUGCCAUUUAAGAAAAUCAACGAUGACGUCAUAUCUCUAAAUUGGGACACCCUCUAUACAUUAAUAUUGUAUGUCAAAAAUGACAAUUUGAAAUACUAAUCGACGGGUAUGAGCAUUUUUCAAAAAAACAAUUAGUAUUUGAAUUAUUAAAUUUAUUUCAAAUUACAGACACAACUUUAUUUUUUAUUAUCUUUUAAAUGGUAGAGAAUAAAAAUUUGAUAUUAUGCAGUUAUGUAUAACUUUACACAUCCUAUCAAAAUGACAGUGUUGCCAUUUAAGAAAAUCAACGAUGACGUCAUAUCUCUAAAUUGGGACACCCUGUAUACAUUAUUAUGGUAUGUCAAAAAGGACAAUUUGAAAUACUAAUCGACGGGUCUGAGCAUUUUUCAAAAAAACGAUCACUAUUUGAGAUACAGUCGAACCCGCUUAUUGGAAUAGCCUUCGUGAUAAGCAAAAGCAUUCCUAUAACCGAGAUAUUCUAAUAACCGAUCAUUUUUGGCUAGUACAAACGUUUCAGGACCUCAAAUUUCUAUUCCUUAAACCGCGAUAUUCCUAUAACCGGUAUUCUAAUAAGCGGGUUCGACUGUAUUGAAUUUAUUCCAAAUUACAGACUCGCUCUGUAUAAUCCGUAUAGGUAGAAUAUUUAGCAUAAUUUGUUUAAUAAAUAUUUUUUUACUAAUAUAUAAAUAUAAUAUAUAAAUAUAAUGAAGACAUUAUUAAAUAUAGGUAUUUUGAUAUGAAUUUACACAUUUGAAGUACAUUUACUUAUUUCAUAACUGUGUACUUUGUCUUCAGGAUCAUCUUUCAUCUAUUUUUAAGGGUUAAAAAAAGUUAACUAGAGUCUUUGUAUGUAUUUAUGGAUUGGGCAAAUCUCGUAUAUUCGAUUUAUGUAGGUAAUAAUGUAAUAAAUUUUUGCUUCAGUUUUAAAAAUGACUAAGUCAAUAUACUCUUUCAAUUUUUUACGUCAUUGACUAAUAGAUAUAAAGCUGAACAUAACAAUUUUGUGUGAAUUAUGACAUAUUUGUGUAAAUGAUGUAGCUAUAAACGAAUUGAAAGUGCGCUUAAGAGUUGAUUUUUUAUCAAAUGCAUUUAUACAUGUCUAAGGCUUGUGCACUUAAUGCUUUAAUUUCGAAUAAAUACAGGGUGUUUGUGUUUGGUAAAAAAUGGGCCAUAGCUUAACCUUAGAUUCCUGAGCUUAAAAUAGGUCGAUUUAAACUAUUCAACUUACCUUAGUACGAAAGUUGAUAAUAACCGAAAUAUAUGGUGUCAAAGUUAAACUUUUAUUUUAUUUAUUCUUGAAUAUUUCCUGAGAGGCAUGGGACAACAACACGAAAUUUGAUAGCCGGGUAUUUUUGGGGACGAGAAAUCUAAAUUCGCCACCAAAAAUAAUGUAUUACCCAGAGGGCGCCACAUACGUCUUUCAGCGCUCAUUUAAUACUAGUCAAUGUGGUGAGACCGCUCCCGUCUGAAAAAAUUUCUGAUUCGGUUUCUUUAUGGAUUUCUAUUCAAAAAUGUCCCCUUUAACACUAGAAGCACCAGAUUUUUUGCAUACCUAGAAGCACCAGAGCGGUCAAAAUGACGGUUAUUAAAAAUUUCUAUCGCCAGCCGUUUCUGCAUUCUUGUUUGCUUGAAAAAAAACUUAUAUUGAGUUAAUACCUACUAGUAAAAGACAUUAUUUAAUUAAUUUAUACAACUUACUUUAUUAUUUAAGCAUAAUUUAUUCACCAAAUUUUUUACAUGUUGGUAUGACAAAUUUCAAAUGUUUUUUUUUUGUUGCAGUAAUUACACUAAGUACAUGUAAAGACAAAUUGAAAUCCUCAAAUAGAUCUAGGAAAAGUCCUAAAUUAUCAAGUUUCUAAACUAACUAUUAAUAAGUAGUACAGUGGGUCAAAAAUAAAAAGCAGUCAAAAUGUCCGCUCUGGUGCUUCUAGUGUUAAACAAAUCUGAAGGGUGUCGGGCGGAAUUUUUGGACAGAAAUUGUUUAAACAAUUUUUUUUAAACAAAUACAAAACAUCACCUUUUUUUGCACUGGAAUAUAUUUUUUUAGGGUUUCUGGCCCAUUUUAAACAAGUAAGGUAUCUUGUGACAUUUUUCUCAAAAAGUUUUCGAUUUUCGAGUUAUAGGCGAUUUAAAAUCUAAAAAAUGCGAAAAUACGCAUUUUCGAGGCUUAAAAACUCAUAUUUAAUAUAGUAUUUUUGAGGUUUUCAAGUACUUAAAUUGUAGUUUAAACAUUCAUUUUCAAGACUCUGAAGAGUGAUCGUGUCUAACUUCAAUUUACACCGUUGUUAUUUAAUUGUUAAAUAUGCGUGUCCGUCCGAUUUUUUUGCCGGUGCGGCGCGCUCUAUUUCAACAAUCUCCUAUUUUCCUCCGAAAAAUAUUUUUUUUAAAUUCUUUGGAACGUUUUAAAUAGAAUAAGUUUCUUGUCAUUUUUCUCAAAAGAUAAUAGUUUUAAAGUUAUAAUCGAUUGAAAAUUCGAAAAUGUGUAUUUUCGCAUUUUUCGGAUUUUAAAUCGCUUGUAACUCUAAAACUAUUAACUUAUAAGAAAAAUGACAAGAAACCUAUUUUAUUUAGAAUGUCUCAAAGAAUCUAAAAAAAAAAUUUUUUGGAGGAAAAUAAAAGAUUGUUGAAAUAGAGCGCGCCGACACGCAUAAUUAACAAUUAAAUAACAACUAUGUAAAUUGAAGUUAAAUCCGAUUACUCUUUAGAAUCUUGAAAAUGAAUGUUUAAGCUACAAUUUAUUUACUUGGCAACCUCAAAAAUACUAAGUUAAAUACGAGUCUUUAAGCCUCGAAAAUACGUAUUUUCGCAUUUUUCAAAUUUUAAAUCGCGCAUAACUAGAAAAGUAUUAAUUUUUGAGAAAAAUCACAAGGUACCUUUCUUGUUUAGAAUGACCCAAAAACCUAAAAAAUAUUUUCCGGGUCAAAGAAAAGUGAUCUUUUGCAUUUGUUUAAAAAAAUUGUUUAAACAAUUUCUGCCCAAAAAUUUCGGCCGGCACCCUUUAGAUUUGUUUAAAGGGAACAUUUUUGAAUAGGAAUCCGCAAAGAAACCAAAUCAGAAAUUUUUUCAGACGCAAGUGGUCACCACAUGGACUGUACCUUCAAUUUUUUUUAUCCCCCACUCUACAUUCUUUUUGAAUCAAAUAUUUUAUUCUCUUAAUAUUUUUACUUAAAAAAAGGUAUACUGCAUUCAUCUCGCUAAACUCAAUUGUUUUCGAAGUAAACGCAUUUCAAUUCUGCGGUGCAACAUAAUUUUUUGCAUAUCAUCGUAGAUACACCCAAAAGAUAAACUUAAAACCAUAAUAAUUGUACAAGCUCUCAUAUUUAUGUCAUUGCAUCGCAAAUCCCAUUUAAAGGAGUUUGCGAUAGAUUUUUAGAAAUUAUUCUGGUUUUAAGUUUAUUUUUAUAACUUUAUGUAACUACGCAAAAAAUGAUGUUGCAUCGCAGUUUAAACUGCGUUUAUCUCGUCGAUUGAGUUUAGCGACAUGAAUGUACUCCUUUUUUAAGGAAAAAUAUUAAGAGAAUAAAAGUUUUGAUUCCAAAAGUAUGUAGAGUGGGGGAUAAAAAAAAAUGAAACGUAUUAAAUGAGCGCUGAAAUACGUAUGUGGCGUCCUCUGGGUAAUACAUCACUUUUGGUGGCGAAUUUAGAUUUCUCGUCCCAAAAAACUCCCGCUUACCAAAUUUCGUGAUGUUAUCCCAUGCCUGUCAGGAAAUAUUCAAGAAUAAAUUAAAUAAAAGUUUAACUUUAACACCCUAUAUUUCGGUUAUUAUUAACUUUCGUACUAAGGUAAGUUAGCUUAAAUCGACCUAUGGUUAAGCUAUGGUCCAUUCUUUACCAAACACCCUGUAUAUAUUUAUUUAUAUGUAUUUAUAGAAUAUUUUACAUAUUAUUAUACUGUAGUAUUAACAAAAACGAUAAUUAUUUUUUAAAUGUUUUUUGUGUGUAUUUAUACAUAUUUUUUAUACUCAAUAAAUAAGUUUAGCAAG